AUGGCAUCCUUCGACGAUGACAAUGAUCCUACAGCUGGAUCUCAAGAUGAGGACGAGAACGAGGACGAGGAGAUGGAGGAUGUCAAUGAGCCUACACAAGACGACGAUCAGGACAUGGAUCAAGGCGGAGAUGAGGACGAGGAGGAUGAAGGCGACGAGGAUAAUGACGAUGACAACGAGGACGACGAUGAUGACGAUAAGAACGAGCCAGAGUCCCCGUCGCGCCGGGCGAGCCAGCAUACAGCUGGUCGUCGCUCUACGAGUAGGGAAAGACCGCCAGGUCCUGCUGUCGUCCUGACCUCGCCCUCUCCGCGAACUUCUGCUGUCAGAUCGCCAGGCACGGCGGGACUGGCAUCAUACAUACCACCAGUGCGUCCGGAGGCUCUUACAGCACAAACAUACGACAUUGUCCCUACAAUGGCGGCGCCGCAAAGCACCUCGAUAAACGCGAUUACAGCUACACCUGACAUGCACUGGGUCUUCUCUGGCGGCUCGGACGGAUACGUACGAAUGUACAAUUGGGUUGAGACUGCGAAUGGCAAGGUACCACUUACUGUCGCACAGAAGCACCCCUUUGUGGACAGCGUCAUGAAAGCCGGCUCACUGCUCACGUACUGGGAGAAUGAGGAGUCCUCUGCGUUGAAGACCCCACCCUCCAAGGAAGACGAAGGCAAAUGGACGAGUCCAGUCUACUCGCUCGCCGUUCAACACCAGGCAACUUGGCUCCUCUCCGGCCUUGAGUCUGGUGGCAUCAACCUUCAAACGUGCAGACACCAGGCUGGAACUCGUAUUGCAACACUGAAAGAACACACCAGCGCCGUGUCUGUUCUAUCGCUGUCUCAAGAUGAAAGUAGUCUUCUUUCUGGCAGUUGGGACAAGAACAUCUUCGACUGGGAUCUGCACACAGGCAAAGUCAAGCGAUCGUUCAAGGGCGCAGGACAACAGAUUGCUGCUGUUGAGGUCAGACCCAUGAGCGAUGUACCCAUUCCUGAAGUCACAGAAGUGCAUCCCCAAGUCAGCACGACCUUCUCCAGCAACAACGCCGACAAGCCUACCGCCAAUGGCACACUCGGGAGCGCGAACAGCAGACGCCCCUCGAAGAUGGGCGAAGGCGACGAAGAUGCUAUGGGCUCUCCUGAAGGCAGUCUAUUCGGCGAGGGCGAUCAUGGCUCUCUGUUCGGCGAGGACACUGGCGGUGGUGGAGGCGGGAAUGCUUUCGGCGAUGAAGAUGAUGCUCUUGCUCGGGCGCUUGAAAGCGAGAUGCAAGACGCCGAGCAAGAUGCACCUGCUGAAGCAGAUGUGGAAAUGUCGGGACUAGGAAGCGGAGGGCCUGUCCAACCACCAGAGCCUGAAGCUUCAACAUCCACCGAUACCAAAGCUGCUGAUCCUCCUGCGCCAUCAAAUGGAGAAGCCAACGGCAACACGGAGCAGGCCAAGGCAACCCAAGAGGCCGAACGACCAGGAACAAUCGUCACGAAUGGACUGCCUCAUUCUGAUGAACCUCUGACUGCGCCGCCAACGAAUGAAGACCAGCGAUCCUCCGUUGCUGACCUUCCACCACAGUCGGAAUCUACAUUCCUCGACGCCUCGAUCGAUGGUACGGUGCGCAUCUGGGAUAGACGAGUGUCCGCUCCCAUUGCUACGGUUCACCCAUAUGGAGGCACAGCUCCUUGGUGCACGAGUGCAUGCUGGAGUCCGGACGGGAACUUCUUUUACGUGGGCCGCCGAAUGAACGCUGUCGAAGAGUACUCCAUCCACCACCUCAGCUCGAAACGAUCACAGCCAAAUCGACAGCUCAAGUUCCAGGGUGGAAGUGGAGCUGUGUCGGCAGUGAGGUCAAUGCCAAACAAGAAGCACCUCAUUUGCGCCUCGCACGACAUUCUCCGAAUCUACGACCUCGCACAAGCCGAAUCGAAGCACAGAGCCGUCCCGUUCACGAUCAUUCCAGGACAUCGCGGCGGCGUCAUCUCCUCCGUGUACAUUGACCCUACGUGUCGUUUCAUGCUGUCUGCCGGAGGGAAUCGGGGAUGGGAAGGAUACAGUACAGAGGUCUUGUUGGGCUACGAGAUCGCAGCUCAAGAUGAUAAGGGCGUCUGGCAUAAGUGA